ACGUGGUUUUCAACUUUAUGUUACAUUUCUCUCAUAUGUGCUGCUUUUUGCACAGCAGAAAUGGAAAAUCAAAUGUUUCUAUACAGCACAUCUGUUGGAAGCAUGUCGAAGCUGGUGCAAAUGGAAAAUAAGCUGAUGAGUCGUUUGCAAGUUAUUGCCAAGGACAUGCAGCAAAAGCUAAAUAUGAUAAGGCUCUUCCAGCAAAUGUUGAAGCGUUCACCCGAGGACAGUUACGAAAAGCACGAGGAAUUUGUGGCAAAUCCGCUAAACGCAUUCGCACUACUUCGAAGGUUGCAGCAGGAUUGGCCCAAGUGGCUGAUGUAUCUGAAGACUCAACCCGAAAUAGAAGAGAUGCAGCAGGAGAUGCAGAAGGCGCCAAGCGAGAAAGAUUUGCAGACAGCAAUAAAAGGCUUGCUGCGCAUUGAGAGAGUCUAUGAUCUAGAGUCAUCGCACAUGGCCAAGGGCCUGUUACUAGGCAAACAAUACGAGUGGGUAGAGUAUAGACCGGCUAGCUCUUAAGCUAGAAUUCACUUGGAGAUUUUCUCUUCUUCGCUGCAGCUCAUUUCUCACUUCGCCCGACUGCGAAGCCUUGGCGGACAAUCUCUUUAAUCGCACCGAGUAUUCGAGAUCUACGCACUGGUACCGCACUGCAAUACGCCUGUACAAAAAGCCAUAUGGAAAACUGUACAAUCGUGUGCUGGGCUUAAAGCGCAAGGGACUCAACAGAAAGUAUGCCCAGGCAAUUGUCUACGAUCCGGAUGUCUCACAGGAGCCGCAAGUGGCUGGUGUAGCGCCCGAAUGGAAAGAUAAUGUAGAUAAUGUCAUCAAGCAACUCGUCAGUCAGUCCAGUAGCGACCAAAUCCAAUAUAUGGUCGAUAAGUAUCUGGCAGUGGACGAGCAAAUUUUCAUUGAUCAGCGAGCUAAACACAAAGCAAAGCCCAAUGCAGUGGAGAAGGGCUGUCGCGGACUGUGGCCAAAGCGGGAGACCCAUCCGUUGACCUGUCGCUACGUUCAGAGGAGCUCGGACUAUCUCAUGCUGGCACCUCUGAAGAUGGAAAUCCUGAGUGUGGAACCCUUAAUACAGCUAUAUCACGAUGUCCUGCACGACUCUGAAAUCGAAGCUGUUAAAAAUGCGACAAAUCAUCGGGAAAUGGUUGAGAAUGUGGCCAGCACAGUAAAAUCGAUUACAUUGAAGGAUGCGCCACAUACACAAAACAUAAAUCGUAGAAUUACAGAUAUGACAGGCUUGGAUAUGGCACAGAAUAAAGCGCUUCAUUUGCUCAACUUUGGCCUGGGCGGUUAUCUGGGUAAACAGAUGAAGUUGCAAGGCAAUCGCAUAGCUACAGUAAUUUUCUACGCUAGCGAUGUUCUGCUCGGUGGCGCUACCAUAUUUCCAAGGCUGCAGCUCGUCGUGAAGCCAAAAAGAGGCACAGCCUUGUUGUGGUACAAUUUGAAUGUAGGGGGUAAACCGGAUCCGCUGACAAGGCAUGCCGUCUGUCCUGUGGUCGUGGGUUCCAGAUGGGCUUUAUCGAAGUGCAUAGAAGAUCAACAGCAGCUGCCCAAGAAGCUGUGCCUGGCCUGAAUAUCGAGUUUUCUUAUAAAAGAUAAAAUGUUAAUAAACAGCUCAAUGCUAACAAAAGUGGA